ACCUCCGACCCCCAAACCUGGACUCUUUCCACUGAGCCACGCCUGCGGCAACGAAGCUUUCUUCUGAACUCGGACAUCCCGGCACGAAAUAAAAGCCUUUCAGGAGAUGGGAAAAACCACCCCGUAGGACGCGCUCUGACUGCACGGAGCAUGAUGAUCUGGGGGCGGAAACGGUAGCGGAAGUCACCCGGGAGCACAGUGACUGGACAGAAGGGGAGCGGCCCAGGAUCGCUGCGCAGCGGGAGAAGCUGCCCAGGAGCAUGGUCCAGGAGCUGCCCGGUUUCCUCUACCAUCCCCUGUGCGCCCCAGAGGAUCUCUAUAGCGGGCCAGACUGCGCCGUCUCUGCGGGCACCACCGCUGGAUCCUCUCCCGACCAACGAAGCCCUCGUUGCCACCCCGGCCACGUAGACCCCCCGACAGGACUCGGGGAGCCCACCUCGGGGCCGGCCGCCUCUCGCCUCGCCUGAGGCCGGCCGCUGGGGCCGUAAGGGUAGGGACGGUGCCGGGGGAAGCGUCUUUCCAGUUGUCCCCCGGCCAGAGGAAGGCUCGGCCGCCACCGCUGAUCCUCUUCCCUUCUGAUCACGUGACUCGCCCGGGCGGGAGCAGGGGGUUGGCGGGACCUCCGGCCCAGGGAGUGUAGGGGUGUCGGCCCUCUGGGUGUUUUUGCUUCGGGGGGUGAUGCUGUAGGUUCCCCUCCUCACCAGUCCCCACCCGCCUCAUCCUUCCUCUGCCCCUUCCUCUCCGGCGCCUAGCAGGGGAAUCUCCCACUGUCCCCAAAGCCGGCUGCCCUCUACGUUAGCCGCCCCAUCCCCUCGAGCCCCGUACCGAGCACUUGGGGGAGAACCAUAGAUCUGCUCCUUGCCCUCAAGAAGCUUACGCCCUUGCUGGGGAGACAGGCCCAGAAUAAUCGCCCAGCCACAGGGAGGGGCUUCGUUUGGGGCAAACAUGCUGAAGGUGAGAAAGCCCAAAAAAGUCCGGAAGAGGCGGAAAACAGCCGGCUCGGCGGGGCAGACCCCCACGGUCGGGCCCGACCCCCAGGACCCCGCCGCUGCCUCCCCCUGCUCGCCCUUCCCCGUGUCCAGCACCACUGACAGCCCCCGGCACCGUGGGGCCCCGAGCUCCGACCCCGGCCAGCACCCAGUGGCCGAGAUCAAGCUGGAGACCCGGGACGGGGAGGACGACGAAGGCUACGAGAGCCAGCUGGGGCCCCACCCUCUGGAGGAGAGGAAGGGGAAGGAGGACGACGCCUGCCCCCAGGUCGGCAGGGAGACCCCCCCUCAGCCAUCCUCCGGCCCGGACCGGGUCUUCCCCGGCCCGCCGGCCUCUGGCGAGUCCUCCUCGGCGCAGGAGAGGAAGGCUGACGGGAGCGCCUGGCAGUUCUUCGACCCCGACGAGACGGACGCCGCCCGAGCCACCUGCACGCUGUGCCUGGCCAGCGUCAGCCAGCGCAAGGUCAAAGGGCACCUGAUGACCACGGCCCUCAAACGCCACUUGGAGGGGAAGCACCCGCUGGAGUGGGGGGAGAAGGCUGGCAAGAGGAAGCGGGCCGGCGGCGGCAAGAGGAAGAAGGAGGAGAGCGAACGAGAGGGGAUGCAGGCGCCGGGAGAGGAGUGCCCGCCCCCGAGCCCGGUGCCCGGCCCACCCCCGAACGCCAGUGCCUUCCAGCAGGGAGGCGAGAGCGACAGCGAGGAUGAGGAGAAGCGGAGGAUCGAGAUCCUCAUCUCCCAGUUGGCCAGGGAGGAGAGCAACCGCAAGCAGAGGAGAGGGGACCACCCGUUCCGCUGCCGGGGGCGGGGGCGGGCCGGAGACCCCGGCCCGGGGGGCCUGAGCUCCGCCGGCUUCCCGCUCGUGCCCUCGGGCACCAAGCAGCGGAGGUCCAUCUCGGCCGUCUGGCAGUUCUUCUACGUCGACUGCAACAACAUCUCCCGAGCCAUCUGCACCCUGUGCCAGGCCAGCGUCAGCCGGGGCAAGCUGCGGGCCCACUUUGGCACCACGGGCCUCAAGCGACACCUGGAGUGCAAGCACCCGUUGGAGUGGGGACGGAGCCGGGCCCGCCCCGCCGCCGCGGGCAGGUGGAAGGGGGCCGGCGGGGGCGAGGAGGAGGAGGAGGAGGAGGAAGAGCCGGUGACGUCGUCCCUGGGCGAGGCCGCCCCCGGUCCGGGCCGGCCCCCCGCCGUGUCGGACUGCUGGGAGGAGGAGCCGGAGCCGGCCGGGGGGGACGAGGGCGGCCUGGAACCAUAG